GACUCUUUCGACCAUCUCAGUCUCAAAAUGGGUUCCGAAAAGAUAGACGAGAAGCGCUCAGAACAUUCCCCUGACACGCGCAUUGAUAACAUCAACUAUGAAAAUCCUUCCUCAUCAUCACAAGAUGCGAUCGAACAACAAAAGGCAGCAUCACAACCUUCCGGCGUCCUAGGUAUCUUCUCCAAGCUCGGUAACCUGCCAGAAUGGCACGUUCCCGGCGCUGGUCUCCUCCAAGGGAAAGCGUUAAACACCGCCAUAGCAUGGUGCUCUUGUCUGGCAUUCCUCAUGUUCGGUUAUGACCAGGGAGUUUUGUCCGGCGUCCUCACUCUCGAUGGCAAGUACUCUGACAUAUGA